AUGACCCACCUUCAGGAUGCGGUUGCGGCGCUGAAACAGGCGUGGAUGGGUAAUCCGGGGGACGACCGGCUGAAGGCUUUGCUGGUUGAGAAGGAGUCGCAGCUUCGCGGUUACCAACUUGCGAGGCAGGAGAGGCUGCAUGAGAUGGCUGGCAUGAGCGAGGCGGUGGCUGGGGAGGUCGCAUCCCCGUUCCUCGACAGGCAGCAGGUCGAGUCAGGCUGGGUUCCUGCCGUUGGCAGAACGCUGUCGCUGAUAGCUAGAGAAAGGCUGACGGCGGCUUGGUCAGAGAAGGAGGUGAAAAGCGCUUUUCAUGCGAUGGCGAAGAAUAAGGCUCCAGGGAAUGAUGGGUUGCCGAAGGAGCUGUUUGAGGAGCAUUGGGAUGUGCUGGGUAAGCACUUAAUGGCGCUGGUGGAGAGUUUCACCGAGACGGCGGAGCUCCCUGCAAGCACAAAGAGUGCGGUCACUAUUCUAUUACACAAAAAGGGCGGAAGGGAUGCGGUGGAAAAUUAUCGCCCAAUCACGCUUCUGAGCUUCACUUACAAGGUGUUGGCGCGGGUAGUCGCAGACAAAAUGAAAAGGGUCUUGAACGAAGUGAUCUCACCGGAGCAGUACGGGUUCAUGCCGGGCCGGAGGCUCUCGGACGCGGUGGGGUUGGUCGCGGAUGUGAUUGAUGCUGCAAAGAACGAGCAGGCGGACUGGUACCUCCUGCUGGUGGAUUUCCAGAAGGCCUUCGAUUCAGUCUCGAGGAAUUAUCUGUUUCUAGUGCUGGAAAAGAUGGGCUUUCCCAGCAGGUUUGUCGGCUGGAUCAAGGGCCUGCACGAGGAAACACAGACACGCCUGUUAGUCAACGGCUGGAUGGGGGAAGUGGUUGAGGAAGCUGUGAACCGCAGCCUGGGUCUCACAGGGGGUGCUCAGCGGCUGGCUUACCUGGGGUAUGCGGACGACACAACGUUGCUCCUGCAAGGGGAGGAUCAGAUAGCAGAGGCUGAAAAGCUGCUUGAUGACUUUGAAAGGGAAUCGGGGUCGGCGACCAACAAAUCGAAGUCUGCCGUCUUACCUUUGGGCUGUAAUCUGAAUAAGCAGGCCAGUAAGACGGAUGGCUUCAAAUGGGUGAAGGCCGAUGAGGCGGAGCGUCUGUUGGGGGACUGGGUGACGCCGGCCGGCUGUUGCGCGCCCACUUGGGAGAAGGCUUUUGCAAGGAUUAAGGAGAAGCUGAGACAGUGGGAGGUGCAACACCUGACAACCGGGGCGAGGGCAGCGGUUAUUAACUGCUACAUCUCGCCCAUCAUCUUCUUCCAGGCGCAGGAACUGCUCUACAUGGCUAGAGAGGACGGGGGUGUGGGGGUGAAUGAUCCGGAGAUAACCCUCACCUGUCUCACGGCGCGGCGUAUUGGACUACUCCUCACCGAGACAAACGAGUUGAAGCGUGACAUCAUGCUCAAGGCUGCCGAUUUGCCGCUGGGGCUGGACACCUUCGUCUCCCAUGUCAAGCUCUUGAAGUGCUGGAGUGGGAAGAGCGAGAGAUGGAAGCUGGCAUGCGGUGACUUCAUGCAGUCGCCGCUGGCCAUCACAUUACCGGUGCUGUCGCGGGAGGAGGCAGAGAUGGAGAGGAUUGUAUUUAACCGUCAUAUUCUGCUUAACGGAAGGACCCCGGUGGGAGGGCAGAAGGCUGCGGAGAAACUCUGGGAGGUCCGGCUUGGCGACCUACUAUGCCCAGACGGCGCGGAGGGCUGGCGGCCCAAAGAUGUAAAACUCCUGGCGAAGGAACUAGGCGGCACCAAACAAGCAAAGCUGGCGUGGCGUCUUUUUCACCACAUCUUCCCUGAUUCUUGUACCUCUUUCUCUUCCCCUCGUUCCAUCCCCAACUCUCCACUCUGUCCCUGCUACUUUAUAUCGUCCCACCCCCUACCUUCGCCAGCACUGCUGAACCUCAAGUCGUCGCUGGGCGUGACUUUCACCUCGUGGGCAGCAACUGUGCCGUGCCAAGUGGUUGGCAAGCAGGCUGCCACACAGACCACGUGGUCCGGCAUGCUCUGCAGUGAUACCGCUGAAGUGAUUUCGCUGUGA